UGAUUACCAUCCGUUGUCACCGAUCCCGGAUUGACUACGCUCCUGCAAGGUACGGACAUUCUGCCGCGUCGUCUUGCAUGGUGCUUCACCACCAGAUACGCCAUUGUUUACCUCUCAAGCUCCGAGCUCUCCGUCUCCGACUACUUGAACUCGACAUCGCCCACCGUUGACUUCCAUUCAUCCCGUACCAUCUCACUUCAAUCACAUUCAUCAAUCAUGACCCGCUCUCACAAGUUCACUGACCGCGAUCACGCCGGCAUUGCCGAUGGCACUGCUGAGCGUGAAUCGAAGCUUCCACGUUACUUUGCCAAAACUGGUCACGCUGACGCCGACCCACAAAAGACUAAGAAGGACGGCGGCGGAAAGGGAAACUGGGGCCGCGAGGGCGACGAAGUCGAAGAUAUGCGUUACAACCUCACCAACGCCCGUCGUCGAAGCAACUCGUUGACCUUCCAGAUGAAGGACUUCAAGACCAAGUUCGAGACCAUCGAGCCCGAGCCCGUCUUUGAAGAGGAGAUUCACGGUGCCUUUGGCGAAGAACUCGAGAAGCAGAGCACCACGUCCACCGACAAGAGUGUCGAGGACGAGGACACCACCAACAAGAAGUUCUAAACACCUUAUGUUGACCAAGAGGGAAGCUUGAAGGACAUGACACAUCGUCUUCGGUAUGGCUGCUAGUUGACUGGCUAGUUGACUGGUGGGAAGCCUCUGCUGGACAUGAUCUGUCGGGUGGAAGACUUGUCGCUCAAUUUUCGACUAAGCGUUUCCGCUCUAUGUACAACAUUCUCUCUGGAGCCCUCGUUGCCUAUAAUUAUGGUAGCUGUAGGAAGAUGCCCUUGGCCGAGGCUUAGUAUCGCCGGCGUUUUCUUUGCUUAUUUACAGGGAUCUGCAACGGACAUGAGUAACGAUCAAACCAUGUAAAAUGACAAACCAAUACUAUCAUACAUAUCAAAGAACCAUACUUCUUUUAUCGAGAAGGCACAAACAUU